GAACAAGACGUGAUGUGGGGGAUACUUUAAAUCAUGGUGGAAGAGAAGGUGGAAGACCCGAAGCUAUUAUUAAAACAGAGAUGCAUAAAAUGCCUGAAGGGACCGCACUUGAUUCGAACUUUGAUCGUGGUGGCCUGCAUUGUAGUGGUAUUGCAGCAAAUAUCAUCAUGCAUCACGAAGCUAUUCUUCAACAUACCUAUAACGACCUACACCCACUUUGACUUCAACCAGACAGUUCUUUACCCCAGCGUCACAUUUUGCAGGGAGCCGCCGUACAAACAUGAUAAAUUGCUGGAGUACGGUCUAUACUCUCAUCCCCGGUACACAUCAACGUGGAGAUCGUUUAACUUCUCAUCCAUAAGCUUGGACGAGCUCUGGGAAGAGAUCACCUACAAUGAUCAGGAUAUGUUCGUUCAGUAUGGACUUGACGGUGCUUCUAGUAAUGUCAAACUGACUUCUCAGAUGGGUUUCAUUUACGGCCGGUGCUACACGCUCUCGCCCAAGAUCCGGAACAGCCAGGCCUCGAAGAAUACUGGGUACUCCAUCACACUGCGGCAUAGUGCUGCGGAUGUGGCUGCCAGUACCAGCAUCUACGCACCAGGAUACCACGUCCACAUACACUACACCAGGGAACCUUACACUGAGGUGGAAGUGUACAAUGGUGGUCUCGUGGACUACCUGUUCGUGAAAGUAGGAGAAAGCUUGGACAUCAAACUGAAGGUGGAUGAGUACGCGAUGAUCAGUGGCGAAGACGACCCCUGCAGCUACAAGGCCGACUAUAGCGCUAAUGUUUGUACUGCGCAGUGCGUCUGGGACAAAGUGGGGAAGGAAACAGGCUGUUCAGGACCCUGGAUGGUUAGCGACCUUCCGCGAUGUGACAACUUCACCGGAAUGAGGACUCUUAUUGCAAGUUAUUUGACUUCGUACAUGGACCACAAGUGCAGCGAAUGCCCUCGGUUCUGUCGUUCAUAUCUGUACAACGGGUAUGUAACUGACAGGCAGGGGCUGCACACGUGGGAGCCACCUCAGAAUCAAGGGCUGACUAGAACCAAUGACGCGGACCUGCAGAUUCAGUUGUACCUGUACUUUAACAGCAUGAUGGUAUCUGUGUAUGAGGAGCGAUACAACUACGAUUGGAAUUUGUUUCUGUCAGAUCUUGGAGGGAGCAUCGGCUUCCUUCUGGGUCUAUCAGUCAUCGGCCUGAUGAAUAUAUUCGCUAAAACUUGGAACCUGUUCAUCAAACCCAUCAUCAUAUCCUCGAGGGUCAAGGUUUCUCGGGAUUCCACCGCCACUGCUGAUGUGAAAACUAUUGAAGGAGCUGAAGACUUUAAAUAA